AUUUCAGUGUUGUGCGUCAUCAGAAGCGGUUGUUAACGUCACUCUCCGGCGCCGUUGUUGAUGUUAUGAAUGCUAAGCUAACUGUCUAACGUUACACUCAAUGUUGUGUCUGACUCGUUCGUGUGGCAGAUUUACGAGAUGAAUUUUAGGCUUUGAGGCAUUGCCACCAAAUUUUGUACACAGUAUCUUUAGUUUAGGUUUAAAGAGCAGAGGAGAGGGACACGAGAGAAGGGAGCCUAAUGCAGUCUGCUGCAGAGACUGUGGAGAAUGCCUCCAUCCUGUCAGGUGGCUCGGCACAGGACGGUCAUCGGCUCUGGAUCGGCAACAUUGACCCUAAAAUCACAGAGUACCACCUAGUGAAGCUCCUGGAGAAGUUUGGCAAAGUGAAGCAGUUUGACUUCCUGUUCCAUAAGUCAGGUCCUCUGGAGGGCCAGCCAAGAGGAUACUGCUUUGUCAACUUCCACACCAAAGAGGAGGCUGAACGGGCUAUUCAGUGUCUGAAUGGAAAAUUGGCACUUUCUAAGAAGUUAGUGGUGCGUUGGGCUCAUGCUCAGGUAAAGGUGGGUAUCGUAUAAGUUGUGGUGUUUGCUUAGACAAUCAUCACUAUUACUAUUGCUCAUACUGUAGGUUAGUUAGGUUAGUAGUUUGUUCAAGUCUCUUACCCUAAGUAACUGUUUUUGCCUUAUGGAGGGCUGCAAAUAAUAAAUUUUUUGGUAACACUUUAGA